UGUUUUGUUUGUAUUCUCCUCUCAAAUCAUUAGUGGUUGAGAUUUUGGACCCUAUGGUAUUGCUGUAUCCCUCUAUCUCAUGGCAACCCCAUUUAAACAUCAGAUUUUGUCAUCACUUCUCAUUAUAACCAUCAUCAUCACCAUUUCUACUGCAUCAUCAUCAUCAUCACUCUCUUUCCCCCCAAACCAUUAACCCCUUAUUCCCUUGUUGUUUUCUUUUGUUUCUUUUCCCCUUCCAGGCCAACAAUUCACCCUUAGAACAAUGCUUUAAACUUGUCAAAACCCUAAUCCCUUUCUCUCUCUGUGUCACACACACACACUCUUUCUCUCUCAUCCUGUUAUAUCAGAGACAACAAACAUGGACUUGACCCCCACCUUAGAUGCUGAUACUAAACCCACCCCCCCAAUCCACCCCACCCCAAAGUCUCUAACUUUCACCAGCGUCACACUGAAGCGCCACCCCACCACCACCGUUGGUCCUCCACCGCCGCCGCCGCCGUCGUCCAUGGUGGUUUCCUACAAAGAAUGCCUCAAAAACCACGCCGCCACCAUAGGUGGCCAUGCACUCGACGGCUGCGGCGAGUUCAUGCCUUCCUCCUCCACCAACCCCACCGACCCUCGCUCCCUCAAAUGCGCCGCCUGCGGCUGCCACCGCAACUUCCACCGCCGCGAACCCCAAGAAUCACACAACAACAACAACGUCAAUAACAACCUUAACACCACAAACACCAACAACAACAACAACCUUAACUCCACAAACACCAACACCAACAACAACCCCACUUUUCUCAACUGCAUCUACACCCCUUCAGCAGCACCACCCCACCGGGCCAUGAGCCAAAGCACGAGCCCGAGCCUGAGUUCAAGCCCGAGCCACAGUCCGAGCCCGAUGUCAAGCCCGUCACCGCCGCCACUCUCGCACGUGCCACCCUCCUACCACGCUUCGGCGCCCCACAUGCUUUUAGCCCUCGGCAGCGCCUAUUCUGCACCCUCUGAUGAACACCACCGAAAAAGUCUCAAUUUUUCGCCCGUUAUGAUGAAGAGCGAGAACCCCAAGAAGAGGUACAGAACCAAGUUCAGCAAGGAGCAGAAGGAGAAGAUGCAUAGCUUCUCUGAGAAACUCGGGUGGAGAAUGCAGAAAGGGGAUGAUGGGUUGGUUCAGGAAUUUUGCAAUGACAUUGGGGUCCCUAGAGGGGUCUUCAAGGUUUGGAUGCACAACAACAAGAACACUCUUAGGAAGAAACCAGAAGGUGGAAAUGCAAAUGCAAAUGCAAAUGAAAAUGAAAAUGAAAUUGCAAAUGCUCCUCGUGAUGGUAGCAAUGCUAGUGGUGGUGGUGGAUUUGAUAGUGAUAUUAACAACCCCUACAACCCAAAUAGCAGCAACAAUGACAUUCACAUGAAUGAAGAAGAAGAUGGUUGUGUCAAUGCUCAUGUUUCUCUUAAUGAGAUGUCAUCUUAAUUUGUCAAGAAAAAGCUUAGUUAGAUUGGAAGGUGGAAGUGGAAGCAAUUUGGCCAUGGACCAUGAUCAUUUUUGUUUAAUUAUUACCAUCUUUUUUUUCUUUUUUUUUUUUUUUUUUAUUUUUACUUUUCGAUCAGCUAAGACUAUACGAAAAUCCAGUUGUCUUAGUUUCUGUUAAAAUGUCGCAUUGUGUUUAUUUAUGUUCAUAGACUCCGAAACUAGUGUCAUUCCGAGACAUGUUUCACCCUCUUUUGCUGAUGGCUCUUUAUUGCUGUCACGUUUUCUUCUUGAUAAGUGCAGGUAUAUAUUUUAAGUGAUUUAACUGUGAAACGUUAAUAUUAUUAUUAAUUGUUCAUCUACUUUCUUUUAAAUAUCUACCUCCCAAAUUGCCCAUACUUG